UCCAAGUCGUGUAACGUAGCCUAUUGUCCUGUUAUCCUGUCCACGAGCACGACUCCUCAUUCUCUGUGGCAGAGAAGAAUUUUAAGUCAAUAUCCCACUACGGGGAUUUACCUGAGGUUUACAUGUAAUUCUAAAUAUUCUUCGUGCCAUAAAGACCUUUACUUCAGGUGUAUUUCGUAGAUUAAGUACCAACGAGGCCGAACUAUUCUUUUGCAUAUAAGUAAUUGUACUAUAAGCCUCCGAACCACUGGGAGGCUUCCCUUGAGGUUUAGAGUCAAGUACAGAGUUGAGCAGUAGUGUCACGACGGUGAAGAUGGCAGGGAGUAGCCUGACGGUCCUACUGUUGGCAGCCACCCUGGGGGGAGCCGCUGCCUUCCUCGCCACGUCCCUCAACACCUCUGACCCUGAUGUCGCCAGGAUUUUGUGUCCUGAGCAGACCGAGGGCGUGACCCGAGACCACAAGUGGAUCACCCGGGAGGCCAUACGUCGUAACCUCCGUCAGUUCUUCAUGGACAACCCGCCGCUGUCUGAGCCCGACUUCUACGUGCCACCCACAGCCACCCUGACUGAGCUGUACCACGCCUACUACGGUACCGCCUCAUCGUCCGCGAGGUUCAUCAAGGCUGUCAACUCCAUCACUGCAGCCAAUGUGAAAGCAGAUUCAGCCACACAGCUCAGACAUGACCCAGACAUUCAAGGGGACGGAGAGGACCUGGCGUCACUACAAGCGACGCUGGUGGACAGGUAUCCACAGAUCCAGACGUCCAUCCUCGUGGCCGAAGCUUACCCGGCCGCCCGCUCCCUCCUAGGGCUUUCCCUCCACUCCCUCCAGAAGUUCUACGCGCACUCAACCUGGAUCGAACAAGGCCACAAAGACAUCCUGCCAGACCUCGGCCUCCCAGGCUUUGCCUUCGAUAACCUGGCCGGCACAAACGAGGAUGUGUGCAACGCGUGUCCCAGCCCUGAGGGAUGCUCAGGAAACGUGAUAGUCGAUGCAGGACUGAGCAGCGGGUACUACCACUAUGACGACCCCUCGGCCAAUCACUACCUUCUUCCCAAGCCCCACACAGGUGGGAAGUGUAGCCACGGCGGGGUGUUGGAUGACAGCUCCAGUGUACCAGCCCAGGGCGGCGUUAACAAGGACACAGCCUCACCCUGCUUCUCCCCCCACCACCACCUGCACCAACAGGCUGCUGAACUGGCUGUCCAGGCGACGGACCAUUACUUGUCGGUGCUGCUGGACGCCGUCGGCAACGAGAAAUACCGACGGCUGUUCGACCUGUACCAGGGCUCAGCGCUCUCCAUCAUGAUCGACACCACCGGCUCCAUGACUGACGAUAUUGAAGCAGUGAAAGAACAAGUCAAGACCAUUGUUGAGAACUUCAAUCCUGAACUCUACGUGUUGGCACCUUACAACGAUCCUUACUGGGGCCCUGGAAUGAGGACACACAACUCCUCGGAGUUCCUGAAGGCGGUCAAUGCCCUUCAUGCAGGCGGCGGCAACGCUUCCCCAGAGGAGAUGUUUUGGUCUGGUCUUCAGCUUGCCCUCAGCCUCACGCCAAACUACGGUGAUAUCUUCUGCUUCACCGACGCCGGCGGUAGAGACGGAAACAAAAUGGAGAGCAGUAUUGCCAGGACGCAGCUACAACAUAACAAGGUGUCAGUCAUCUACAGCGGCAUCAUACGCAACCAUGUCUCAGGCCUUGGGGAUGUCCUGACGGAGGUUCAAGAAUAUCGACGUCUCGCUGACUCUACGGGCGGCCUCUUCAUUCCCUCCGACAAGUUUAGCAUCGACACCAUCAUGCCCAUCCUGGUGGAGGGCGUGGAGAGCUCUAACGUGGACAUAACCCAGCUGAAGGAAAUGACGGGACCCCAACACGUCCAGCUGCCCAUCGACGACUCUGUCCACGACUUUGAGAUUCAUUUAACUGGUGAAACCACAACCGCUCUACUGAAAGAUAUGACUGGCACCGAGUACGACUUGAUGGACCAGGCAGCUCUCGAAACGGACCCCAAGGUAGAGAUCGUGGUCUACAGCAACGGCCUUAAAGCCAUCCGGUGGAAGGAUCCUCUCUAUGGCCAGUGGAGCCUCCAUACUGACUCCGUCUCCACCUACAGUAUCGCCGUCAGUGCCAACUCUACGCUAAGUUUCCUAGGCGGGUUCUCCGUCCUGGACCCGUCGCCGCCACAUCCACACUACCGUGCAGCUGAAGGCAACCCGCUCAUCAACACUGUGUAUUACCUGGAUGUGACGCUGAUUGGUUACCUGGAGAAUGACGUCAUAGAUGUUAGCAAAGUUGAAUAUGUUGACAAGGCGGGGACAAAGCUGAGGGAAAUCCUUUACCACGGUGACGUUGACGACGAGUUCUACAUCCGGUCAGAACCACUUCCGGAACAGCCCUUCUACGUCAAGCUCUUCGGCCACGUCCACUCCGGCAACGUAUUCUGUCGCCUCCUGUCGGUGCUGAUAACGCCUGUAGAAACGAAAGUCGGAGUGUUGGCCACUUCUGAAGACCUGGCAGCUCGCCCCGGGUACUCCGCUAACGCAGACUUCCUCAUUACCAACUACGGCCUCAGCUCCUACUUCCACAUCACCGGCAUAGAUGAUAUGGGCUUCCUCAAGUACCUCGAGACUGACAGGAUGUACAUCACACACAACUCCUCCAAAACGCUGGCCGCCCACUUCGAUGUCCCUCGGAGCUCCGUGCCGGGGACAGUGAGCAUGGUGACCAUCACAGCCCAGAGUGAAGAACAAACACAGUCCGUCAACAGUGCUAUCUCACAGUUCGUCGUACUCCCAGAGAGGAAGGACGUGGACCCCCCCACCUGUGUUCUGGCGAGCCAACCUGACUGUACCGGCUAUGAUCUGAAUGGUCUCUGCUCCCAUAACAACUGGACCACUCAGGCUACCCUUCAGGACGACUUCUCAGGUUUGGUGAACGUGUACGCUCGACCUGUCGGGUUGUCGACAAGUGUGGAGGGGUUGAAACCAGGCACGAAGGGGGAGGUUGUGCUCACCUACUGGGCCUCAUGCUGCACCUCGCAGGUAGAGAUCAUCGGUGUCGACUCCUCAGGCAACGUGGGCAAGUGUAUUGUUGACAUGGGAACUGUUGGAGGAAUGGUGGUAGAUCUUGAGGCGGUGUCUGUGGGCGUGACGUGGGUGGAACUCAAGUGGAGCAUCACACCCACUAAUUACGAGGUCCACAAGUUCUCGCUCCUCAUCAACGACGAUUUCUCCGUGGACAUGCGCUGCAUGGAGACUGUGUGUUUCUACAACGCGACCUACCUUGACCCCUGCUCCCUCCAGACCUUCCGGUUGACGCCUCACUUCUACGUGAGAGGCGUCGACCAGAUAGGUCAGCCAGCCACCACGCAGGCCACCACAGCUGACGAAGAUCCAGGAACCCCGAUCAAUGGUGUGGUGUUGUCAGCGUCGGUGGACACUGCCAACAUCACAUGGGAGGCCCCCAACACUAAAUGCUUCAGUUACUUCAAGGUGUGCUAUCGGCCGUUCGGAUUUUAUGCUGAAAAGGUGUGCGAGAAGACGUCGAGCACAAACUACCUAAUGCGAGGCCUGGAGGCUUGUGCCGUGUACGAGAUCACCGUGACCAGCAUCGGUCCUUCAGGUGACGAGAGCAAAGAUUCCCUCGUCUUCAGCAUCAACACACAGGAGACAGCACCAGGAGCCCCGAGGAACGUGGUGGUCGUUCUGUCUACCCCAGACACCAUCACCAUCACCUUCGACGAUCCCCUCAACCACGCCCAGUGCGCUAACCUGUACAACGUCGACUACAGGAAGACAAAUCAAACACUACAGGUGGAUGAGGUGAUGACUGCAGGGAGACAGGAGACGGCGCUGGUAGGAAAGGUCUCCGACAGCGACAACAUAGUAACGAUCUCGGACUUGGACCCCUGCACAAACUACACCAUCUUCGUCGCCGCCGUCUCCUUCUCAGGCUUUAUGGGUCCCUACGCGGAGAGAAAGACCGCCACUAAUGAGACAGAGCCCAGCGCCGUCUCCUCACUGUCCUUGGAGGAGAUAACAACUGGAUCUAUGAAGGUGACGUGGCAAGCGAUCAUGAGUUGUGUUGACCACUUCCAUGUAUGUUACUACAGCACGCAGGAGCCGGGUAACAAGUGUCUGGAUACCACCAACAGCAAGGCGACCUUUACAGACCUUCUGCCGUGUGUCCAAUACUUCGUGUCGGUCACAGCUUACUCCCCCUCCGGCCACCACAGCAAUGUCACCUGGCAGACCCACAGCACCUUAGAACUCGCGCCUGGUGAACCACAGAACUUGACGGUGGUGAAGGCGACCCCUCAUACCGUCGACGUCAAAUUCGACCCACCAGUGAUCAAUCCUCAGUGUAUCGCUGAAUAUAACUACGAUAUCUACUUCUUAGACAACAAUGAAUUACGUGAGGAGGGAGGACAGGGGAGCCAUUCAUUAGAAAACGUCUUUGAGAACCUGGAUGCCUGUACCACCUACAUGAUGAAGGUCCGCGCGGUUUCCAGGGGGCAGUUGGCCAGUGACUGGGUCACUACCAGAACUACCACCACUGAGGAUGACCCAAGCGAGCCUCGGCUGUUUGUGCUGCAGGAGGCGACAGAAACGAGUUUGGAAGUGACUUGGUGGGCCCCAGAGUUAAACAGCAAAUGUGUCAGCUCUUACUACCUGGAGUGGACAACCCCUGAUGGGAACACUGACUCUGACACCAUCACUCCACCUCCCGGCGAGGUCCUCCCCUUCGUGGUAGAUAAGCUCAUAACAGGUCUGAAGAGUUGCACUACUUAUACCCUGAAGGUGUCUACCAAGACACCCUUGGGUAGUUCUGGCCCCAUUGCCAGUCUCUCUGCCUCCACUCUCUGUUAAGACUGUUCAUAAUGCAGAAGUACCUUAAUUUUGGUUUUGUGACUCUGUUAGUUCAAUGUGCCCUAUGGUAGUAACAUUUGUGAGAGCUAAUAACUGUGUAGAGGGUGGCCGUUAUCCCCAUUAACAAAGAUCUACUUUAUUGCAAUACAGAAAACGUGUUACAAGCGCUAUUAAAUAUGAUUUUUAAAAAAUAUAUGAAAAACAUGACAUUUAGUAAGGAAGAUUUUAAUUACCGUACUUCCUCCUAAAUGUUUUCCACAAUAUAAUAUUCAGUCCUUCACCGGAAGGAAAGAAGAUUACAAGUGACAACGCUUGACAGCAUUGUCAAUCAUGUGGAUGUUAUUGUGUACUCUGAUUAAUUAUUAUCUGAGACCUUGAACUCUGCGUUAUUAUUUAUUGUCAGCUAUUCAAAAAAAUUUGUCAGGAAUCUCUUGUUUCUUAACACGACUACUAAAGAUUCAACUUUCUGAAUAGCGGCGAAGCUUUAAUGACUUUGCCUUGUGAGAGACAGAGCUUAGCUUGGGUAAUGCUCAGGAGGUCGUCCUACUCACUGUGGCAUCCGCACUUGGUGGUCAGACACGUCCUUUUGACUCUGAUUGCAACGCUGUAUUAGAUGUUGGUGUUCAUAGCCACUCACAUAUAAGCUAACAAGGAGAGUAUUAUUGUUAAUUUUAAUCAUUUCUUCUCUCACUUCAUUUGCUUACCAUGAAUUUCUUCUUUUUAUAUUAUAAAAGAAAAUAUUCAACUUCCUAUUUUCGUCGAGGCGACACUUGUGCAGCUGUAGAUGUAGGGUCUCUCAGCCUUGUGAAGGAUCUACACAUCGACACUGAUAUUUAUUUUGUGAACACAUCGUUAACUUAUCAAUAAAAGAAGAAUUAUC